AUGACUUCCUCGAAGCUGACGAUAGUUCCAGCCAUGCCUCUGAUGGCACUUGUCCUCGGCCGUUUGACUGCCAACUUUACGGGCUUCGGGAGUGCUGACAACAAGCAGUCUACCCACGAAUUCAUGAAACGGGUCCAAACAAACGCGCUCUACUUUGUGUAUCUUUUUAUUGCCAAGUUCCUACUUGUGUAUAUCUGGAGCUUCGGCUUCGGCUAUUCUGCCAACCGAAUGGUUCAAGCUUUGCGACUCAAGUGCCUCAACCGCGUCCUGAACCGCACCAUCACCGCCCACGAUGCUCAAACACCUGGAGCCCUGUCCAACACCAUCACGACUCAUUGCAACUCCAUUCAGUCGGCGUUGUCGGAUCGAAUUGGAAUCAUGAUACAGGCGUUUUCCAUGCUGCUCGCUUCUUUUGCGGUGGCCUUUUCACAGUCAUGGCACCUCACACUGGUCAUGUUGGGCCUUGUGUUCAUGACUCUUGGUCUGAUCGGCUUCAUCGUUGGCAGCGACCAGAAAAUCGAAGCUGGACUCCUCAAAAAAUAUACCGAUUGUAGUGCUAUUGCCGAAGACGCGCUUGGAAGUAUCCAGACGGUGGUUGCAUUUGGAGCUGCGCCCAAGUUCCUCGCCAAAUACGAUGCGAUCCUGGAACAAGCCGAGGCAGAUGGCAAGAAGCGAGGUCCGUUUGUUGGCUUGAUGUUUGCUUGCCAGUACUUUUUCAUGUUCACCGGUUGGGCUAUUGGCUUCUACCUUGGAGCAUAUCUGUACAAACGUGGGCUGAUCUCGGACCCUGGAAGAAUUCUCUCUGUCUUUUUCGCCAUGUUGAUCGGCUUGGGCGCCAUUAUGGCUUUAGGUCCCAACAUGCCCUCCUUCAUCAAGGCUGUCGCUGCCUCGGGUGAUGUCUUCAAGAUCCUUGACGAUACCGACAAAAGGGAUGCGACAGACGACUUCGUCGUUUCAAGCCUGGGCACACGAAACGGUCAUCUGGUGAUGCGCGACGUUUCGUUCUCCUACCCAUCGAGGCCGGACGUCAAGGCUCUCUCUGACGUCAACAUCGAGUUUGUCAGCGGUACCUCGACUGCCGUGGUUGGCCCAUCUGGAGCUGGAAAGAGUACUCUUGUGUCUCUACUGGAGAGGUGGUAUCAGCCAACUUCUGGAGUCAUUCUGCUGGAUGACUACGACAUCACCGAGAUUGACCCCAAAUGGCUGAGGCAGCAGAUUGCCCUCGUCGAACAACAGCCACAGCUCUUCAACGCGUCGAUAUUUGACAACAUUGCAUACGGGCUCAUCGGCACAGACAAGGAGCAUGCGCCAAUGGAAGAGAAAUUGCUCCUGGUGGAAGAGGCUUGCCGCGAGGCUCGGGCUUUUGACUUCAUUCAGAAUCUCCCAAAGGUGUUUGCUACCAACGUUGGCGAUCAUGGCGGCCUCAUAUCGGGCGGGCAGAAGCAGCGCAUUGCGAUUGCUCGUGCCUUGAUCGGACGGCGCCCCAUUCUCCUGAUGGACGAAGCGACGAGUGCCCUUGACAACGAGAAUUCCAAGGUCAUUGAGACGCUCAUGACAGCGUCUGGCGACAGGACCACCAUUUUCAUUUCGCACAAGAUAUCGUCCGCCAUGAAGGCCGAUAGGAUUGUGGUCAUUGACAAAGGACGGGUCGUUGAGCAGGGAACACACGCAGAGCUCAUUGCCGCCAACGGCGUGUACAAACGAUUGCACGACGCCCAACUGCAGGACGAGCAUGAUGCCACCGAGUUUACACCCGUUGAAAGUGCCAUAGCCGAGCUCAAGCCCUUGGCACAAGGCGCGUCUACUGUGCCGGACUCUUCGCCCAACGAGGUGGCGGAAAUACCAGACAUUCCCAAGCGCUCUCUCUGGCAUAACCUGUAUACCAUUGCCCAAGAGCAGAGGCGCUACUUGCCCAUCCUGAUGAUAGGCGUCUUUGCUGCUAUUGUCACGGCUCAGAUCUUCCCCGUUCAGGCCAUCCUUCUCGGCCGAGUCAUGCAAAGCUUCCAGGGCACAGCAAAGGAGAUAUCUUCCAAGGCCAACUUUUGGUCUCUGAUGUUCUUCAUUGUUGGCCUCGGUGCGCUCAUUGCUUAUGCUGUUCUCGGCUUCUUCAUGACCUUGCUGGGCAUCCGCCUUACCAGGUUCUACCGCCUCGACUACUUCCGCGUCAUUCUCAGCCAGCGCAUGGAGUUCUUUGACCGGGUAGCGUUCGGAGCCCUCGUUUCGAGGCUAUCGACUGACCCGGCAAACCUUCACGAGCUCGUCUCCGUUAACCUAGGUCUCCUCAUCUCCAUCUUUGUCAGUAUCAUCAGCGGCAGCAUCAUUGCGCUGGCCUUUUCUUGGAAGCUUGCUCUUGUCGCAAUCUUUGGUGCCAUGCCGGUCGUUUUCGCCGCCGGCUUCAUUCGCAUGAAACUGGACUCGUCUCUCGCGGAAGCGACUGCCAAGGUCUUUGAAGAUAGCGCGCGUUUCGCAACGGAUGCACUCUCGUCUAUUCGAACCGUCAAGGCGUUCACGAUGGAAGACACUGUGCAGAACUCAUACCAGCAGCAACUGGCUGGAACAAUGAAGAGGCUGUCCCGCAAGGCAGCCAUCAUUACGCUGUUCUUUGCUUUUUCGGAGAGUGCAGAGCUGCUCGCUGCCGCAUUGGGCUUUUGGUACGGCGGUAAGCUUCUGGGAGACGGCGAGACGUCGACGGAAAAGUUCUUUACAGUCUUCAUUGCUGUCAUUGUCGGUGGACAGGCUGCCGGUGCUCUCUUUGGAUUCUCUUCGAACAUUAGCAAGGCCAGAAUAUCCGCCAACAAUAUCCUCGGCAUUCGACGACACGAGCACGUGCCCCAAGAGGCGGCACCUUCUCUCGAUGUUAGCAGGGAGAAGGAUGCCAACGUCGUUGUAGACUUCAGAAACGUCUCAUUUGCCUACCCAGCUCGUCCCGACGUUACUGUUCUGAAGAAUGUUUCGUUUCAAAUUCUAAAGGGCCAGACAGUUGCCGUCGUUGGGAGCUCUGGGUCUGGAAAGUCGACACUGUUGGCCCUGUUGGAGCGUUUCUAUGAUGCUCGAUCAGGCGCCUUGGAUGUUUUUGGCAAGCCGAUCUUGUCGGAAGAAGCAGAAGCCUACCGAAAGAGAUUGGCGAUUGUGCCUCAGGAGCCCACGCUGUAUCGAGGAUCCAUCCGAGACAACAUUGUUCUCGGAGUUGAUGAAGACAAGGUCAAGGAAGAAGACAUUGUCAGUGCAUGCAACGCCGCCAUCUUGACGGAUCUGAUUGCUUCGCUCCCGGAGGGGUACAACAGUGACUGCGGAGCGAAGGGCGUUGCCCUUUCUGGCGGCCAGAAGCAGCGCAUCGCAAUUGCGCGAGCCCUCAUCCGGAACCCGGAAAUACUGCUGUUGGACGAACCUACCAGUGCACUGGAUGCUGAGUCUGAGCAGCUUGUGCAAGAAACCCUUCAAAGUAUCCAAGGUGGUCGCACGAUGAUUAUUGUCACUCAUCGGUUGAACACCAUCAAGACGGCAGACGUCAUCAUUGUCAUGGCUGCAGGCCAAAUCGUCGAGCAGGGCACUCACAGCGAGCUCAUGGCACGCCAAGGAUACUACUUUAAGAUGUACCAGUCAUCUCGCGGGGAUUAG